AUGGACAAGUCCAAGGUAGACUACUCGUUGUAUCUGGUGACGGACUCAACGCCCGCAAUUCUGGGCAGCAAGGAUAUCGUAGCAGUUGUUGAGGCUGCGCUCAAGGGUGGUGUCACCUGUGUGCAGUACCGCGAGAAACAUGCCGACACGGGCGAGAUGGUAGCAACGGCAAAGAGACUACAUGCCGUCACGCAAAAGUACAACGUCCCAUUGCUGAUAAACGACCGCAUCGACAUCGCGCUCUCCGUAGGCUGUGAAGGCGUUCAUAUUGGGCAGGAUGACCUUGACCUCGCCACGGCAAGAAAAUUGCUAGGGGAUGACAAGAUUAUUGGUGUUACAGCCUGCAACGUUGAAGAAGUGGAGGCUGCCUCAACAGGAGGUGCCGACUACCUAGGCAUUGGAACAGUCUUUGCAACACAGACGAAAGAGAAUACCAAGUCCAUCAUCGGCGUAUCUGGCCUUCAGUAUCUCCUGGGUUAUCUGCGAACGUCCAAGUCCAAGGUCAAGACGGUAUGCAUUGGCGGUAUCAACGCCUCCAACGCAUCACGCGUCAUGUGGCAGUCAUCCUCACUGGACCGAUCCCUCGAUGGUAUCGCCGUCGUGUCGGCCAUUGUUGCGGCAUCUUCGCCCGAAGGGGCCUCGCGCGAACUCCUGAAACUGGUGAAGACGCCGCCGGUCUUUGCGCUGCGCUCCCCGACCCUGGACCAGGCGUCCCGGUCUGCCGAGGAGGUGCUGUCGCUGGUGCCCGAAGUGGUGCGCCGCGUUGAUGCCGCCAAGCCCCUCAGCCACAACAUGACGAAUCUCGUCGUGCAGAACUUUGCUGCCAAUGUUGCUCUGGCUGUCGGUGCGAGUCCCAUCAUGGCUAAUUAUGGCGAGGAGGCCGCAGACUUGGCUGCCCUGGGCGGUGCUCUCGUCGUCAAUAUGGGCACAGUUACGCCCGAGGGUCUCCAGAAUUAUCAAAAAGCUCUAAAGGCUUACAAUGAUGCCGGUGGACCGAUUGUAUUUGACCCCGUCGGUGCCGGUGCAACCGCGGUCCGUCGGGCCGCAACAAAGACGAUUCUCAAUGCAGGCUACGUCGACGUGCUAAAGGGCAACCAGUCUGAGAUUUUGACCUGCACACCGGCGGGCGCGUCGCUGCAACAGCGCGGAGUGGACUCGUCGGCGGACGCAUCCCAGACCCAAGACAAGCUCGCAGCCACGGUCCGAGAGCUCGCACAGCUCCGGCGCAACACGGUCGUAAUGACGGGCGCGACGGACCUGGUCAGCGCGGGCGGCGCCGUCUACGCCGUCGGCAACGGCCACGAGUACCUCGGCGUCGUGACGGGCACGGGCUGCUGCCUGGGUACCACCAUCAGCGCCAUGGUCGCUGCGUACCCCGAGGACAAGGUCGCGGCGACCGUGGCCGGCCUGCUGCUGUACGAGAUUGCCGCGGAGAAUGCGGCUGCCCGUGAAGAUGUCAAGGGUCCUGGCACUUUUGUUCCUGCCUUUUUGGACGAGCUGUUCAACUUGCGGAAACAGAUUGCUCGCGGUGAUGAUGGAUGGAGACAAAAGGCCAAGUUCAGUAUUGUAGCAUAG